AUACAUCCAUCUUAAAACUUUUUUUUUUUUUUGUAAGAACAAAUAAAAAAGUAAAUUAAUAGAAAUAAGAGAAUUGCGUCUCCCUCCCUUCCUCUCUUCCCCCGUCAGAACCAGUAUCACUCCAAAGCCUAAAUUCUCACCAUGGCAACGAGUUCUCGCCGGUUAAACACCGGUUUAAACGCGACGAUCAGUUCGCAUUCCGUAAACCGACCCCAAUCCAUCUCCCUGAGUAUCCGUCGAAACCUUCAUCAGAUAAAUCCUCCUCGUCUAGUAGUAGUACCUACGAUCACUCCACGUUUCAUCACCCAAUCAUUGUCACGGGCAAAGAGAUCCUCCUCGGUUGGAUCGGGGAUCAAAAAGCCAGGCGUAUGCGGUUACGCCAUCGGGGAUAACGAGAUCGAAAGGAGCCACAGCUGCGGCCAUGUGGAGACGGCGGAGAUAGUAUUUUGGGCGGCGGCAACGGCGGCGUUGGGAGUGGGAAACAGGGUGAUGUAUAAGCUGGCGCUAGUUCCGCUCAAGCAAUAUCCCUUCUUCCUUGCGCAACUCUCCACCUUCGGGUAUGUAGCUGUAUAUUAUACUAUCUUGUAUUUUAGAUAUCGUUCUGGGACGGUCACAGAUGCCAUGCUCUCGGUGCCUAAACCUCCAUUUUUAAUUGUCGGCGUCUUAGAGGCUCUCGCUGCAGCUUCUGGAAUGGCUGCAGCAGCGAAUCUUUCGGGGCCAUCUACUACAGUUUUAUCUCAGACAUUUCUAGUCUGGCAAAUUUUCUUCUCCAUCAUUUUUAUCGGGAGGAGAUAUAGUGUAAACCAGAUACUGGGAUGCAGUCUAGUAGCUCUUGGUGUAAUCUUCAGUGUGGCAAGUGGAUCAGGCGCUGCUCAUUCAUUAAAGGAAGCCGGAGUGUUUUGGAUUCUUCUAAUGGUGCUUUCUUUCCUCCUUCAAGGAGCAGGUACAGUAUUGAAGGAAGUCAUCUUUAUAGAUAGCCAGAAACGAUUAAAGGGAGCUUCACUCGACCUAUUUAUAGUAAAUUCAUAUGGUUCAGCUUUCCAAGCCAUAUGCAUCGCACUACUUCUUCCAUUUCUUUCAAAACUUUGGGGCAUACCGUUUAAUCAACUCGGUAGCUACCUUAAAGAUGGCGCGGGUUGCUUUCUCAACAUCGGGACAGUAACAAAAGGAUGUGAUGGGGCACCGUUUUUGCCUCUAUUGUUUGUGAUAGUGAACAUUGGCUAUAACAUUGCGCAUUUAAGACUGAUAAAGCUUUCAUCUGCGGUGGUAUCAUGUCUUGCAUCAACAGUCUCAGUGCCAAUUGCAGUGUUUCUGUUCACAAUGCCAUUACCGUACCUAGGAGUUGCAUCAUCACUACCAACAGGGUUCAUAGGAGGAACAAUCAUACUUGUAUUGGGAAUGAUUCUUUACAGUUGGACAGCGCAAGGAGCUAACUCUCCUCGUACUGAUACAGUCAUUCCUUCACCUCCCCCAACAUAGAGAGGGUUUAAGUAGAGGUUUCUGUUUUUCUUAAUUGAUUUGAGAGACUUAUGAAGAUUCGGUUUGGGAUUAAGGUAAUAUAAGAUUGAAUAAAUAUUAUUGUAACAGAUGUCCAUGAUGGGAUACUCAAUGAUCAAUAAGAUUUUUUACAUAAUG